AUGCUGUGUGACUCCGCGGCGAUGCAGGGAAGGCGCCCGAAGCAGGAAGACAGGCACGUGAAGGUGCCCGACCUCACCAAGGCCGCGAUGGCCCUAAAGAUGCCCAUCGGCCAUCUGGAGCAGCCGUGUGGCUUUUUUGCUGUGUACGACGGGCAUCAGGGACAUGCCUGCUCCGAGUACGUUGCGAAGACGUUCCACCUGCGGCUACUGAAAAAGUUGUCUGCCGACAAGUGUGGCUCCUCUUGGACGGACGAGCGGUUGUGCAGCGCACUUCGCGAAUCGUGCGAAGAGUUGGACAAGGAGUUCCUGGCGAAGUUUCGCACUGCGCCAGACGGUUCCACCGCAGUCGUCUCAUUGGUGACAGGUGCCCGUUUGUUCGUCGCGUGGUUGGGUGAUUCCAGGUGCUUGCUGUGCCGCGAGACAUCACAAGGCGGUCUCGCCGCCGUGGCUCUGACCGAAGACCACCGCCCGUCCUUGAAAUCCGAGGCAGAGCGCGUGAAGAAGGCUGGCGGUGCCGUUGUGAACUUCGACGGCGCGCUGCGCGUAGCACACGUGGGCUACGAGGAGAGGGUGCGCGAGAUUCGACGCGCAAAGGCCCAAGGCCUGGGUGACAUGGAAGACGCAAGGAGCCUGUCGCACUGGCUGUGUCGCGUGCGCUGGGGGAUAGAGAAUUCAAGGCCGUCACCGGAAAGGCCCUGUUGGAUGCAUCGCCGAGCGUGCGGGCUUUCCAACUUGAGAGGUCCCACAAGUUCAUCACCCUCGUGUGCGACGGGAUUCCCGACGUGA